AAACUUGCCAUUCUCACGAACAAGCUUUCAGUGCUGGACGUGUGAGCUAGAAGUCGGACCAUGUUGCGCCACGGGUUGAUCUGUGUCGUUUUCCUUCAACAGUUUAUCGCUCUGGCUCUGUCUGAAGGAUCAUACCCCUAUUACGCUCGCCUUUAUAACGACUUAUUCCAAGACUAUAACCCACGACUACUGCCAGCUAAGGAUGCAUCUGCUCCGGUCAACUCAACUAUCGGAAUGACCCUCAUCAACCUGAAACUGGAUACGUCUGCUGGGAGUUUGUACACUAACGUUUGGCUUCAACAGGAUUGGCACGAUUUUCGACUCCAAUGGGACCCUGAAGGAUAUGACGGCAUCACACAGAUCACAGUACCUUAUGAUCAGGUGUGGCGUCCAGACAUGUCGCUCUUCAACAGUGAUAAGCCACAAGACAUGAAUCCACCCUCAGAUGAAGGCAACGUGGUCGUGUUCAGCUCAGGCAAUGUGUUGUUUGUCCGACACGUGGGUCUAUCAAGCCUAUGUAUGCCUAAUGACCAGGGACCAAACGGCGAGCAGCACUGCGAAAUGAAGAUCGGAUCCUGGGUCAACAGUGGCUACCGUUUGGAUGUUUACAACUCGAACGACAAGAUAGAUCUGACGUCAUAUGCCGGGAAUCCAGACUGGACGAUAACGAAAACAUUGGCCAAAAGACACGUACGGCACUACAGCUGCUGCCCGGAACCUUACGUCGACAUUACCUUCAGUAUCUGGUUCAAGGAAAAGUAGGAACCAUCUCUCAUUGUAACAACAACGCCUGCGGAAGAGUUGUCAUGGUUGGUUUAUCUACAGGACGCACGGGACUAUAGUGCACUUGCGCAUUAUGUUAAGCGCAAAGCCAUGCAUUAACAGAUCUACGGUUAUUUUGAUGCAGAUUAUCGAACGUUAAUCAUCCACGUUGGUCAUUUAAUUACCCACAGUCUCCAACGCAAGAAACACCCUCUCUCACACGGUUUCUAGAGAAUUUCCAAGAACUCUACGCACAAACAAAGCUGGUUAAGUACCACAGCGCCAACUAGGGAAAGGUAAUACAUGUACAUCAAUUCUUGACUAGCCUCAAUUAGCUUCGUAUCGACUUGUGUGUUCGGCUUACGCAUCGAUUCAUGGCCUUUGCAUGAUGCCAUACAUAGAUAAAUCACAUCAACGCUGAUGUCACAGUGACCAAUCUUCAAGUAACAAUAGUGGUGCCACCUGAUUUUGCCAUCUUUUUCUAGCUGCAGAAAUUGUCGUGGAGAUAAUCAAAACCAUUACUGUACUUUGAAUACAGAUAAAAUAUUCUGUCUACUGUGCUCCAUCAUCUAAAUCUUCCAAAUUCGCGACAACGUCAUAUAUUAUGUACCUGCAACAUAAUCCAUAGAUCAGAGCAUUUGAAGUGCAUGUAACCGUUUAUAAGACAGUUGUAACCACUCGUCUGUAGAUCCUAAUAGAGAACAGUAAAGCUCAACAAAAUCGC